GCAAAAGCCACUCUGGAAGCUCAAAAUCUCAAAUCGGGAGUGAUGGAUUACAUAAACAUCGAUGAGCGGCCUGAUUUCAACGAAAUAAAGGAAUAUCUCAAGUCACUGACUGGAGCAGGCUCGACUCCACGUGUGUUCAUCGGGCAGAAGUUCUACGGUGGAGGCGAUGAUACGGUGGAUAGUGCAAAAGACGGAAAACUGGCUGCACGCCUAAGGGAAGCUGGUGCAAUUUGA